AUGGCCGGAAGAGGUAGAAGAAGUGCACGAGGUAGAAUCAAGCCAUCCACAGAUCCCGGCGAAGACGAUUCUACCGGUCACAAGAAACCUAACCUGAAACGAAGAAGAGAUGGAACUAGAGAUCAAAGUUUGAUUCGAAUAUUCAAUGUUAACGUCAAAUUCAUGCUCGGUCUUGGCAUUCUUGCGUUCUUGAUCAUCGUCUAUGUGAUUCGCACUCUCAUAAACCCCGUCGAAGUAGCCGAUCGGCCUAGGGUUGUUACGCCAUUUCCAGCUCCGAAAGUGAUGAACCUUGCCAUGUUUCAAGGGGAUCAUAGGGAGAGCUUGUACUGGGGAACUUAUCGUCCUCAUGUUUAUCUUGGAAUUCGUGCAAGAACUCCUCAAUCUUUGGUUGCUGGUUUGAUGUGGAUUGGUAAAAAGGAUGGGCGAUACUUCAUGCGGCAUGUUUGCCAAGACUCGGAUGAGCUGAGAAAAUAUGGUUGGACACACCAUAAUGGACGUGAUUUUGGACACCAGGUACUUGUUGACCAAGAGAUGAUGUUGAGGACAAGUUUCUUGAAAUCCAAGAGGGAGGGUAGCGGCUAUGGGGGAGAUUGGGCCCUUCGAAUCGACAUGCAAAGUGAGAAGUCUACAAUGGAUGAAGAUUUAUCGAGUACGACACAUCUUUUUUUCUAUUUGGCGGAUGAAGAUGGAAAUGCUCUAAGUGUGGGCAGUGAGAUCAUAGACAGUCAUGAUAAUUCUCUCCUGGCAACUGGUUCACGAGCAGAAAUUGGUGGCUGGCAGCUACAUUUAAAAUCAAUGGAUGACUUGGAGGUCCACUAUUCAGGUUUCAAGACCCCUCAUAUUCACAAUCUAUCAGAUCUUGUCCAGCAAAAUCUUGGGGCUCAAGUGAGGAAGUUUGGUCGGCUUCUGCUAUCUGAUUCGUCCGAUGAUUCUCCAAACAUAUUAGUUUUUCAGAUUUCUGGUAGGAUUCGAUUUAGAACAGAUAUUGCUUUUGUUUCUGGAACUAACAACAAAGAGCCAAGAGUUGGAGACCGUGUAAACAGCCUUACAGGUGUAAUGCUAACGAAUCAACUUGAGGAGAAGCAGAGGGAAUUUGACAGAAAAUUUGAAGACUGCUUUAAUUUGGCUGACAAGAGUGAUUCUGAUUCCAUGAUUGUCGGUAAGGCUGCUAUUGGAAACAUGCUGGGCGGUAUUGGCUACUUCUAUGGGCAAUCAAAAAUUUCACAACCCGGAAAGUCCAAUGUUAAAACUCAUGAUAAUUUCAUUUUGUAUUGGCCUGCUGAGCUUUACACGGCUGUUCCAAGUCGCCCCUUCUUUCCAAGGGGAUUUCUUUGGGACGAAGGUUUUCAUCAACUGUUGAUCUGGCGUUGGGAUAUUCGUAUAUGCUUGGAUAUUGUUGGUCACUGGUUAGAUUUAAUGAAUAUUGAUGGAUGGAUUCCCCGAGAGCAAAUAUUGGGUGCUGAAGCUUUAAGUAAAGUUCCAGAGGAAUUUGUUGUUCAGCACCCUACAAAUGGAAAUCCACCAACUUUGUUUUUAGUUCUGCAUGAAUUAGUUGAUGGCUUGAAAAAAAACAAGUUUACUGCUGAUGAAAGCAAAGACAUAAUAUCCUUCCUAGACCGGGCUUUUGUUCGCCUUGAAGGAUGGUUUCACUGGUUCAAUAUUACCCAGUCAGGGAAGCAGAUGGGCAGCUACUUUUGGCACGGUAGAGACAACAUGACAACUCGUGAACUAAAUCCUAAGACGCUGUCCUCUGGGUUGGAUGAUUAUCCUCGUGCUUCACACCCAAGCGAAGAUGAACGUCAUUUGGAUCUUAGGUGCUGGAUGCUUCUUGCUGCAGAUUGCAUUCAUUCAAUUGCAGAGUUGUUUGAGAAGGAAAACAAAGCUGGAAAGGAGUAUGGUUUAACAGUUAAGCUGCUCUCAGAUUUUGAAAUUCUGAAUCAGAUGCACUUGGAUCAUGGAUAUGGAGCUUAUUUUGAUUUUGGAAAUCAUACAGAAAAGGUUCGUUUAAAAGAAAUGGAAGUGGGGAACAAUUAUGCACCUCAAGAGCUAGUUCGGGAAGUCUUAGAAAUGUCAGAAUUGAGGCUGGUUCCUCAUGUCGGUUAUGUCAGCCUUUUCCCAUUUAUGGGAAGGAUCAUCCCUUCUGAAUCAUGGAUUCUGGAAAAGCAGCUUGACCUCAUAUCCAAUAGAAGCAUCUUGUGGACUGAUUAUGGCCUACGUUCUCUAGCCAAAACAAGUACUUUAUACAUGAAACGCAAUACAGAGCACGACCCACCGUACUGGAGAGGCCCAAUUUGGAUGAACAUGAAUUACAUGAUACUCUCUGCACUCCACCAUUACUCCAGAGAAGAUGGACCACAUAGAGAGAGGGCCAAGGUCAUCUACAAUGACCUGAGGAAUAACUUGAUUAGAAAUGUGGUCCGUAACUAUCGCCAAACAGGGUUUUUAUGGGAACAGUAUGAUCAGAAGAAGGGUAAGGGGAAAGGCACACGCCUGUUUACAGGUUGGACAUCACUUGUGCUGCUAAUCAUGGCGGAAGUUUACAAUUAGGUUAGACCCUGUCAAACAUCGGUUCAAAAGUACGUACUUAGUUCAUACAACCAUUUGACAUUCAUUUUCAGCAUGUAACUGUAAUGGUUCCAGUUGACGAGGCAUUUUUAAGUCGUGUCUAGGACCAUUACUCAUAUCUGUUGCUGAAGAUCCAGAAAGGGUAGGACCACCAUAUUGUGGUCGUUGAGCAAUACCAAAUUA